GUCGGGCCGCUGUCAGCGCGGCGCGCCGGAAGGAGGGCGGAGCGCGGCCCGCCGUGUUUGGUUCCGGCGGGGCUGAGGGGCCCGCGGCCAUGGGGGUCCCCAAGUUCUACCGGUGGAUCUCGGAGCGCUACCCCUGCCUCAGCCAGGUGCUGAAGGAGCACCAGAUUCCAGAAUUUGACAACUUGUACCUGGACAUGAAUGGCAUUAUCCAUCAGUGUUCACACCCGAACGAUGAUGAUGUCCACUUCAGGAUCUCAGAAGAUAAGAUUUUUGCCAAUAUCUUCCACUAUUUGGAAGUACUGUUUCGCAUUAUUAAGCCCAGGAAGGUUUUCUUCAUGGCAGUUGAUGGAGUAGCUCCAAGAGCAAAAAUGAAUCAGCAGCGUGGGAGACGUUUUAGAUCAGCAAAAGAGGCAGAGGAGAAAAUAAAAAAGGCAUUAGAAAAGGGAGAAACUCUCCCUACAGAAGCCAGGUUUGACUCCAACUGUAUUACACCAGGAACUGAAUUCAUGGCCAGAUUGAAUGAGCAUCUUAAAUAUUUUGUAAAUAUGAAGAUUUCCACAGACAAAUCCUGGCAAGGAAUAACAGUCUACUUGUCAGGCCAUGAGACCCCGGGGGAAGGGGAGCAUAAAAUUAUGGAGUUCAUCCGAUCAGAAAAAGCGAAGCCUCACCACGAUCCCAACACAAGGCACUGUCUCUACGGCUUGGACGCUGAUUUGAUAAUGCUGGGAUUAACAACUCACGAGGCUCACUUUGCACUCCUAAGAGAAGAAGUCAGAUUUGGUGGUAAAAAGGCUCAAAGAGCAUGUGCGCCGGAGGAAACCACAUUUCAUUUGCUGCACUUAUCACUGAUGAGAGAAUACAUCGAUUAUGAAUUUUCCCCAGUAAAAGACAAGAUUUCCUUUGAAUAUGAUAUUGAAAGGAUAAUAGAUGAUUGGAUCUUAAUGGGUUUCCUUGUAGGAAAUGAUUUCAUUCCUCAUCUACCUCAUUUACACAUAAAUCAUGAUGCACUGCCGCUCCUUUACAGAACAUACAUGGCUAUCCUGCCAGAACUGGGAGGUUACAUCAAUGAAAAUGGGCACCUGAAUUUAGAACGUUUUGAGAAAUAUCUCACAAGAUUGUCAGAUUUUGAUCGUGAACACUUCAGUGAAGUCUUUGUAGACCUAAAAUGGUUUGAAAGCAAAGUGGGCAAUAAAUACCUCAACGAGGCAGCUGGUAUUUCAGCAGAGGAAGCCAGAAAAAAUAAACAAAAGAAACAAAAGGCUCAGGAAAAUUCUAUAUCUUUGGCUGCUUUAGAAAAAAACGAAGAUGAAGUGACCCCUAAAACUGUGUUGGAAGAUGAACCAGAAGAUGAUGAUCUGUUUGAAACUGAGUUUAGGCAAUACAAGAGAACUUACUACAUGACUAAAAUGGGUGUAGAAGUCGUUUCUGAUGACUUCUUGGCUGAUCAAGCUGAAUGUUAUGUCCAGGCAAUCCAAUGGAUUUUGCAUUAUUACUACCAUGGAGUUCAGUCAUGGAGCUGGUUUUACCCCUAUCAUUAUGCACCAUACCUGUCAGAUAUUCGUAACAUCAGGGACCUCAAAAUCCACUUUGAACUGGGGAAACCUUUCAUGCCAUUUGAACAGCUCCUGGCUGUGCUUCCAGCAGCUAGCAAAGAUCUGCUGCCUAAAUGCUACCAGCAUUUGAUGACUAGUCAAGACUCUCCUAUUAUAGAAUAUUAUCCACCUGAUUUUAAAACUGACCUAAAUGGAAAACAGCAGGAAUGGGAAGCUGUGGUAUUAAUCCCAUUUAUUGAUGAGAGACGGCUGCUGCAGGCCAUGGAGUCCUGUAACAAGGGCCUGAAAGAGGAAGAGAAGCAAAGGAACACUCACAGUCCUUGCCUGAUGUACUGGUAUGACAAAGAGGCUGAGUUUCAGUACCUGUCCCCAUGGCCUGAGAAAUUCCCUGCCAUAGAACGAUGUCAUACAAGGUAUAAAACAAUACCUCUGGAUGCUUGGCACGUAGAAAUAACCCACAAUAAGAUAACUAAAAUCAACAAGAGUGCAUUGUAUUUUUGUGGAUUUCCUACUUUAAAGCACAUUAAGCACAAGUUCUAUCUUAAAAAAAGUGGUGUCCAGGUGUUUCAGCAAAGCAGCCACGGAGAGAACAUGAUGUUAGAAAUCAUAGCUGAUGAGAACUCCAAAGAUCAGCUGGUAGAAAACGUUGCCAGCUCGAUACUUGGAAAGCGAGUGUUUGUGAACUGGCCCCACCUUGAAGAAGCCAGAGUUGUGGCAGUGUCAGAUGGAGAAACCAAGUUUCACUUGGAAGAACCACAUGGCACCCAGAAGCUUUACAUGGGAAAUGCAGUGCCCCCCACCAAAGUGGCUUAUGUUGGAGAUAAGGAGCAAAGCCUGUGGGUAAAAGAAGUUCAAGGCAUUUCAGAGCACUACCAGAGAAGAAAAGGAAUCAUUAUCCAUGAAACCUCAGUAGUUGUGUAUGCUCAGUUACUCACUGGGAACAGAUACCAGCUGAACCAAAAUGGAGAGGUUUAUUUGGAGAAGCAGUGGUCCAAGCAAGUUCUUCCUUUUGUUUACCAAACAGUGGUCAAGGAUAUCAAGGCCUUUGACUCCCGCUUUUCCAACAUCAGAACUCUGGAUGAUUUGUUCCCUCCUGGAAGCACAGCCUUCAUGCUGGGAUCUCCUUACUACGGCUGCAUGGGAGAAGUUCAGGAUUCCCAUGAUGUGAUCCGAGAAGGCAGAAUUCGGGUGGUUUUUAACAUUCCCUGUGAGCCCCAGCUCGAUACUUUAAUACAGAACCAGCAUAAAUAUUCUGUGAAAUACAAUCCUGCAUAUAUUUUGGCCAGCCGCCUUGGAGUAAGUGGAUAUCUUGUCUCCAGAUUUACAGGGAGUAUCUUUAUUGGAAGAGGAUCGAAGAAAAACCCUCAUGGAGAUCACAAAGCAAAUGUGGGGCUGAACCUGAAGUUCAAUAAGAAGAAUGAAGAAGUUCCUGGCUACACCAAGAAAGUUGGCAGUGAGUGGAUGUACUCCUCUGCAGUGGAACAGCUCCUUGCUGAGUAUUUAGAAAGGGUGCCUGAACUAUUUAAUUAUGUAGCCAAGAACAGCCAAGAAGAUAUCUGCUAUGAAGAUGACAUUUGGCCUGGAGAGGAUGAGAAUGGAGCUGAGAAAGUGCAAGAAAUUGUUGCCUGGUUAAAGGCACACCCUGUGUCUGCUUUGUCUCGCUCAUCCUGUGACUUGCAAAUUUUGGAUGCAGCCAUAGUGGAGAAAAUUGAAGAAGAAAUAGAGAAAUGCAAGCAAAGAAAGAGCAACAAGAAGGUGCGAGUGACGGUGAAACCCCACCUGCUGUACAGGCCUCUGGAGCAGCAGAAGGGGGUUGUUCCGGACCGGGAUGCGGAGUACAGGCUGUUUGACCGCGUUGUCAACGUCAGGGAAAACUUCUCUGUUCCAGUUGGCCUUCGAGGCACCAUUAUAGGAAUUAAAGGAGCUACCAGAGAAACAGAUGUGCUCUUUGAAGUUUUGUUUGAUGAAGAAUUCCUUGGAGGCCUCACUAUAAGGUGCUCCCCUGCCCGAGGUUAUCGCCUGCCCUCAAGUGCCUUAAUUAACCUGUCCCACGGCAGCCGCUCCGAAAUGGGCAAUCAGAAGCUGAUGGCCAUAGUGAAACCUCAGCCAGCAGUGACCAUCUACAACUCCCACGCGUCUGAUCUGUCAUCUGCGUGCUCACAGAAAGUGCAUCUGGGAGGCCUCAACCAUUCUCCUCGCUCCCUCUUUGUUCCUACUCAGCAACUGAAUGGAAGACAGCAUUACAAUCUCAGGGCUGAAAAUCAGGGCAGCUCGCCCCAGAAAGGAUCAUUUCUCAGUGGCAAUCAGAAAAAUAAAGCACAGAGUAAGGCAGAUGAUGAAUUCUGCAGCAUAUGGCAGUCACUGCAGAGCUCGGGGAAGUCUCAGCACCUUCAGCAAAACAUGCAUGAGAAGAGUGCAGUUCUACCUCAGGAAAUCAAGCUGGGAACUGGCCAUCAGUUCUAUAAGCCAGGAUUCAACGAGAGCAGCUUUAAAUGUCAGCAAAGAAAGCAGGAGCCAUAUAAAAAAUUUAAAGAAGAUUCCAAAGUUACAAGAGGCGAAAAUCAACCACAUAAUAAAAUAUCAAACCAACAGAAUUUUGCAGGUGUGAAUAAGCACAAUGUCAAACUUCUGAAAAGGAAUGAAAGUCCCAACAUGCCUGUGAUUCAGAAGGCUGCAGUUGAUGGUCCCUGUACAGGUGCAAAGAAGGACAAUGAACUGGAAAGCCUUCUAGCUUCUCUGAAAAUUUCCAAAGAAAAUGAAGUGCAGACUUGUUCUAAGGAAGCAAGAGCUACAAAUGAAGAGCAUCUGUCACCACAGUCAUUUGCUAUGAAAGGAACACGGAUGCUCAAAGAGAUUUUGAAGAUAGAUGGCUCUGAUCUGGACACGAGGAAUGAAGUGAAAGCCCAGGUUAAUGAUGGCCCUGCUCCCUCCAGCAGACAGGAUUGCCACGGAGCUGCUGUGCAGUACAGAGCAACCAAAAAAAUGGCUGCUUAUAUGAACAAGCCUUAUAGCCCUGGAGGCCCUCAGAACACACCAGCAAUAGAAACUGGAGGUCACCCUUUCUCUUGCCCACAGCCUGCACUGUCCACUGUUUCUGAACUGUCUCGUAUUUGUUCACUUCUUGGAAUGUCGCAACCAGAUUUCUCUUUCCUAAAAACACCACAGACCAUGACAGUGUGCCACGUGAAGCUGUCCAAUGGUUUGCUGGUGCACGGGCCUCAGUGUCACUCGGAAGCUGAAGCCAAGGAGAAAGCCGCCUUUUUUGCUUUACAGCGUUUGAGUUCUAUAGGAGUAAACUUUGCUUCACCUCCACCGGUGUUUCCAAAUUAUCAGCCACUUGGAGUUCCUGUUCCGCCUGGCUCAAUCCCUCCAGUGUUUGCACAACCCCCUGCUAAUAUGAUGCCUCCUCCAUCAUCUCAUAUGUUUGGUCCAGUGUCCUGGGGAACUCCAGUGCCUAAGCAUUAUUACCCUGGCUCCUAUCCAGGAAAUGUGUCUCUUGCAGGAACUAUACCAGUUGGUUCCCACAACCAGUUUAUACCUCUGCAGGUAACUAAAAAAAGGGCUGCUAGCAAGAAAAACUUUGAACUCAAGGAGUUUCAGAGUUCCCCUCAAGCUGCACCACUAAAGAAUGACCAGCCAGUGUCUUCUGACCACAUUCAGCAAGACAGUUCUUCAGCUCCUUUAAAAUCUCCUCAAGCUGCUCCAUCCACUGCUUCAUUUCAAGACAAUGUGGCUACUCCAAGUGUUCCUCAUAACAAAUCAACACCAAACACUUCCAGCAAGCGAAAGCCAAGGAAACUGGCUGUCAAUUUUGGCGCACCAAAAUCUGCAGAAUAAAUACGGUAGCUGGGUGUAUUUGAUCUUUAACUCUUCCCCCCGUUAUCUUCUGUCAUUUAAAAAAAUCAGAAAUCUCGAUUAAAAAGACCAGCCACUUUUAAGGAUAAUAUAGAAGGAACUGCAUUGUACUCGCUGUGAUUUUCAGGUUGUCGUGAAAACUCUAACAAUUAUGUUCAAACUCAUUUUUUGUUUUCCCUUCAGUUAGCAGCAGGCAGGAGAUGCUGUGCUGAGGCUGCCAUGCCCUCCAUUGUGCCCAGGGUUCUGAGCAGUGGCUGGCAGACUCCGUGGGCUGAGCAGCAAUAACUGUGGCAGCCCCAGCUCGGCAGUGCCCUGCUCUCUGGGAGGACAUGGAGCAGAAAUAAAUUGGGCAUCUGACGCUGUCCAGUGGGACAUUUUGUACUCCAGCUUAUUUCUAAAUAGUGUGAGAAGACAAAGCAAAAGUCCUUUAAAAGCAGCUCUGUAUUGGCCCUGCAGUGCAUGUGAGUGGACUCAGUGUGGCUCAGAGCUACCUACAGUGCAACCCCCAGACAGCUCCGAGCACCAACUGCUGGCUUUGUCCUGGAGGGCAGCAGCUUUAGCACUGCAGAACGUGGUGUUGUUGUGUGCCUGGGGCUGGGGGGCAGAGAGGGAUUGCUGAGGCACAGUCUGGUCCAGGACAUUCAUUAUAGGAUGUUACUGAAUAACAAAAAUCUAUUUGCAAAGUAGAGACUCUUUGGGGAAGUACAUUCAUUUUUUUAGUCUAUCAGUUUCUUUGUUUUCCCAUGAUAAAAUGACAUAGUUAUCUACCACACAGAUGGAUGGCUUCCUAAAUGCUAAUGAUAUCCUGAAUUUUUUUCCUAAACUGUAGAAAAGGCCAGAGUUUAAAGAUGUCCAUUUGUGCUGGAUGACUGUCAAAGUUAUCUUUACUUAGAGUCCUUUUCUUCCUUUAAUAGUCUGAGCCCUGAAACCUCUAUACUAGGUUAGUUUUUGUUACUAGUUACUUUUAAUAUUUAUUUUUUUAGUUUUGUGGCUUGCAAAAUUAAAUUAUCAGAAAUUGUUGCUAUUUGUUCCAUAAGAAUAUUCAGACAAAAAGUUGAAUUGCAUUUUUGGACAGAGCUGUCAUUAGUUCAUAUAGGAAAAAAAGAAGGCUCAAAGGUCCUUGUACUAUUUUUAACCCACAUGUACCAUUCUUGGGGACAUUAAUGUGAAAUCUUUAGGAAAUCAUUUGAAACUCUGGUGCUGCUUACUGACAUGGAUUAAAUUUCAUUUUUCUUCUUUAUUUUAAUCUCUUCUAGAAAAAAAUAUUUUUCCCCUAAGGCCCAGGAAACAGAAAUAAAGCAUCCUUGAGCGAUUCGUUUUGUUGCUUCCGAACAGGUUUCCUGCUGGAUCUGCAAGUCUGUCAACUCUCUUGCAUUUGUUCUUUGCCUCCCUUUCUGGUGUAGUAUCAAGUUUCACGUCGUUCCUGUGUUAUAGGAUUUUUAAUCUUCAUUUCUCCAGAACAACAGUGUUUGUAGAAUAGCAGCAAGCCUAGCAAAAGGAUCACAGAGGUAAAAACAAGGUUAAGGAAUUUUAUUCAUUUUACUUAGUGUGACAAAACUAUAAAGUCUAUAUGAAGUCUUAAAUGACAUGAAUUUUGUUGUUCUCUUUGUAGUCAUCUGAUCUCAAGAGGGUUGGAAGGGAAAUUUGUAUUUUUGGGUGGUUUUUUGUCAUUAGCAACACGAGCCUGCCCUGAUGCUGCGUGGCAGUGUUUGAGAAGUGCUUGUGUGAAGGGUUGUAAUGAGACACAGGUGUUCAUCCCCCAUCCCCUGUGAAUUAUCUGCUCACAGGAGAAAACACCUGUUGAGAAAUCCCCAUGAUUCUUUCAUCCCUGAAUUCUGAUGUAUCUGGACAGCCAAUUUCUGCACAGUUUUUAGAAACAAAGUCAUGAAGGGCACUAAACUCUCGUCGCAAUUUUUAUUAAUUAUUCUACUUUGGACUAAGAUUUCUGCUCCCUCUUCAGGUGGAAUUGCUUUGUGGAGUAUAAAUUGAGGUUAAACACCUUCUUCUGUAGCUGCUGCAUAUUGUGCUAGUCCCUGACUUUGAGCUGAUCUCUGAUACCACCUGCCUGGUGCCCACUUAAUUCCAGCCCUCCAUGUCCUGGUGGAUGUGACACUGCCGUGAUCUCUGCCACGUCCCCCCGAUUUCAUUUUUAUAUUUUAACAAAGUUGUCAUGUUCGAUUCAUACAGAUAUAAAUUGAAGCAUUUCUUUUUCUCAUAGAUAAAAAGUAUUUUGUAAGCACUGGAGUUUUUCAUUAGAUCUUAUACAGAGCAGUAUUUUACUAAAAAAAUCCAAAAGGGAAGACUUUUAUGUGCGCGUUUUUGUAGUUUCUGAUUUUUUUAAAAUAACUUUUCAUUGUUUAUCUGCCAAGUGAAAUGUUUAAAAUUUGCAUAUAAAUGGAUACAGAAUGUAUUUUUUGUGCUGUUUAGUGUUAAGUGUGCAUUUGCAGAUUUUUAGCAUGUAGUUGCACAAAGGACUGUGCAAAGAUAUUUUGAAAUAUGAAUAUAUGCUACACUGAAGGAAAAACAUUCUUAAAUGCUAUAUAGAACUCUAAUGCAAUAGAGUAAUUUUAUAAACUGUGUCUGUGUCUGCUUGGAUUAAAUAUUGAAACAAGAAACAUUA